CCUCGGGGGCCUGCGGGACAGGCUGGGGGCGGCAGGGGGCGCCGGCUGGCCCGGCAGGGCACGGUCAAUGUCCACUACAUGAUUGUCAACGAGAAGGCACCGCUCUCCCGUGCCAUGUUCAGGGAGCUGGAGCGCCAGGCCCCCCCGGGCAUCCCCGUCUUCCAGCCAGAGCCAGAGGACCCCGAUGUCUGGCAGGUCCUUGGGGGUGACAAGGACGACUUCCUUGUCUACGACCGGUGCGGCCGCCUGGCUUUCCACAUCCAGCUGCCCUACAGCUUCCUCCACUUCCCCUACGUGGAGUCGGCCAUCCGCUUCACCCACAGCAAGGACUUCUGCGGCAACUGCUCGCUCUACCCCAACACCACCCAGGAGGCUAACAGCACCACAGAGGCCCCUGUAACCCUGAGCCCACUCCCCAAACAAGAGAGGAAGGAGACAGAAACCCCCAUCCACCAGCACAACCCCGUCCAUCCUCACCACCACCACGAGGUCAGCAGCGAGAAAGCCACAGACCCAACUGGGGACCAUGAACGUGCAACCCAUGCUCACCACCGCUACGGAGACCAUGGCCAGCCCCAUGACGAGGAGAAGCAGCAGAAGGAGCGAAAUAAGCACUAA